AUGAAGUCCGUUACACUCCAAAUGGCCGUUCUCGCCUCGCUCGGCGGCGCCUGCGCUCAGAUGUCCGUCAGCGAAUGUGCCUCCAUGUGUCUUAGCAAUAUGCUCGCUCAGGCUGGUGACCUUGGUUGCGAGGAAGGCGACACCGAGUGUCUCUGCGGAACUCCCAACUACCGAUACGGCAUCCGCGACUGCACAGCGGAGGCCUGCCCCGAUGAUGACGCCAUCCAGGUUCUUCAGGCUGCUCUGGAUGAGUGUCCAGGCUCGUCCGGCGGUGAACUUACCGUCACUGUUGGCCCUUCCUCCACCGCGAUCAUUCCUGGGGCUAGCACAGGCACCGGCUCAGGCACCGACACCGGCACUGCGUCCGCUACCUCCUCUGUCGUAACUGGCGACAACGGUUCCUCGACCGUCAUUGGUGAUGGCAGCACAUCAACUAUUGUUAGUGAUGGUGCCUCGACCAUUCUUGCCGGCGGCGCCUCGACUAUCAUCGGAGAGGACGAUGGCACGACUGCCUCGACUGUUAUUGGCGAUGACACCACCACCGUUGUUGACGACGGCACUACAACUGUCAUUGGCACCGCCACUACCACUGGCGCCAACGGUGAGACGACCACCACCGAGACCACAUCCACCAGUGAGCCCACUAGCAGCGACAGCACCACUGGUCCCGCUAGCACCGGGUCUCCCUCUCCUACUGAGUCUCCCAGCAGCUCUCCUUCUCCCACCAGCACUACGAUGGUGACUUCGACGAGCACUUCGACCGACAGUGACGGCAACAUUGCUUCCUCCACCUCGUCGGACGGUGGCAACAGCGAGACUUCCACCGCAAGUGACGGGUCCGACGCUACGGACGCUCCCACCGGUGCUGCUCCCCGCAUCGCAUUCCCGACCGGCGCUGCCGGUGCUCUGGGUCUUGCGGCUUUCCUUGUUCUGUAA